UUUAUUCAUUUCAGAAUUUUUCUUUGAACUGCCAGAGUUUCAAGUGGGUUUUUGAAGUGUAUCAUCGUUCCUCCACCAAAAAAAUGGCUAUUUGGGUCUGUUUGAUUGUUCUCUACAAAAUGAAUAGUUUUGUGUUGAAAUUUUCAGCGUUGCAUUGAAGGUUACUUCUUAUAAUCAUGUAUGCCCCAAGUUUUAACAAUCAGAAGGGGUUAAAAUGGGAUGAAGAACAAAUGUGUGUGAAAUACUGGUUUACACCACUUCCAGUGGUGUUGAAUGCCAGGAGUGAUACAUGGGUCACAUAGCCACCAAUCAUGUCUGCUAGUUUUCCCACUACACCUACCCAUUUCCUGUGCUCCUGAACAAUGUCCAGUGUUCUUGUAAUGGUUCCAAUAAUUGAUUUUAUUGAAUAAAGAGCAGCUGAAAUUCCUGAGGCCAAACAAUGCAUUUUGCCAGUGCCUCCUUAAUGCAUAGUUUCUUUUUACAAUAAAUACUUCUCCCAGUCUGUGUCAUUCAUAUUCAAAUUUCUCACCAGUCUUUUCAUUGUCCAGCCACAAAUGUGGAGUUCAGACUCCAAGAAAUCUACCUCGGUCCUCCUUGAAUACCUGGAAUGCCAAGCAAGCAGUCGCCCAGGACCAAUCGUCGUAUCAUAGGAUCAGGGCUUAAUGGUGUUGAGCUCCUAGGGUGUACACAGUGGUGCUGCUUGGUGCAUUUUUCAUUAGUCCAUGGUGCUGUCUUUCCGUCAACAUCAGCUAUGUCAGUAACCAACUUCUGAUCGGCCUGUUAAUCUAAACUUUCACAUAGAAUACUGUCGGCCAUUUCAAGAUGGCAGGCUUCUACCGGGAAUACAUGGUGCGUCUGACCUUGUUCAUUUGCCUUUUAACGUUCGACCUCUGCCAUUCAACCCCACCCACUGAUGUCUACCGAGGAUUGUUCAAUUUGAGGGAGUAUCUUGAUGAGCAAGUGGAGAGCUUCAGAGCUGAUGUUCAUCAUUCAUUCCAACGGCAGCACCAACGGAUUCGAAGAUCAGCAAGCACUGACUUGACAGGAGAGCUGGAGAGCCAACCACCACUACUUGCCGACAACGUCACCAUUAUUGAACACUUCUUCGUUGGUCUCCAAGCGUACGUCAUUGUCGGUAGGAAACAAGCGCAGGAUGGUUCUUACCAAAGCAGCGCCAAGAUACAUCGCUUUGAUGGCUCCACUUAUCCCAUAACGGGUGAUUUUCCAACCUAUGGAGUAUCAGACAUUGACACCUUUCCCAUUGGUGGUCACAUAUACAUUGCGGUAGCCAAUCAGCUUCGAGAUCCUGGAACAUAUGAUGGCAUCUCCAACAUCUAUCGUUUUGACACGGCAACCGAGGGUGUUGUUUCUGUGCAGAAGAUUUUCACACGUGGUUCAGCCGACUUCCAGUUUUUCAAUUUUGAAGGCGACACAUAUUUAGUUUUGGCCAAUUUUCGGGGGGACGCCUAUGCCAAAUACCAGGCAAAGUUGCAGUUGUAUGUUUUCAGCGGUGCCCACUUUGAUCUCAUUACUUCUGUGUGGACAUACGGUGCCACGGCAAUUGCAUUUAUGGAGAUGGAGUGGGAACCCUACAUCGUAGUGGCCCAGUAUGUUGACAAUGAUGGAAAAUUUGACAUCGGCAGUGUUGUUUACAAGUUUGAUACUGUGACAGAUAAACUCGUCAAAGUACAAACGUUAGCCACCAGUGCACCUAAGGAUAUUGAAGCUUUCUUGAUGAAUGGAAACCACUACUUGGCUGUGGCAAACUACCAACAAGUCAGGGCAGAUGGGGUGAUAGACACCAAGACAGACUCAGUCAUAUAUUGGUGGACAGGUUUACAGUUCAUUGAAUAUCAGCGAAUCCCAACUCAAAGGGCUACCCAAUGGGAACAGGUGGAACUACCAAAUGGAGAAAUUCUCCUCAUUCUGUCUAGUGGACAGAAUGUGACCAUUUACGAAUUCAACAUGGAAGCAGAGUGGGUCACUGCUGAAGCGCAGUACACCAAGGACCCCAGCAUUGAAGGAGAUGCAGUUGUUGAGGGGAUUGAAGCAGCAGAUGGAUUAUUUCUGGUUAUCGGCCACAGCCAAGCAGAAUCCAGCGAUUAUUCAAAUGGAACCACCAAUGUUUUCAAAAUCAUAGCAAGUCUGCAACCUCAAUAUAUUGCUCCAGUUGAUGCUACCACACGUUGCCUUCGUUCCCUUGAAACCCGGAUUGAUUCGUUGUCGUCCGCCAUUGAUGAUUUAGAUGACAAACUCAACAACACUCUCAAGCUGACAGGAAACCAGGAAGUGUUCAGCAAGCUGGACUUUAAAGGGAAUAUUUCGACUGAACGGACUCUGAACAUUACUAAUCUUACUGUUGUUGAGGAAUAUUCCUUCAACUUGGAGCGGGCCAUCAUUGAUGAUGGGGUGUCCAUUGAAAACAAACUGCAGACUCUUCGGCCUCAGAAGGAUGACGUUGUCACUAUCGGUGGAGAGGAGGAUAUCAGUUCUUUGCUCCUCUUCACACAAACUGUCCUCUCAGACAACACAACAGUCGUCAGCACGACCACUACUGCUAACCGCAUCAAUGGCAUCGACAUUCCCAACUUGAACAACACCGUGGUCAAGCUUACUGAAGACCAGACCAUUGUUGGCAAUGUGACAUUCUCCAAGAAUGUGUCACUGUUGAACUCUCACCUGCAUGUGGAAGGAGACAUAAAUGGCAUUAAUAUCCCAGAUGACGUAAUGACCAUUGGAGGCACAGAAACUGCUCGAGGCUACCUUAUAUUUACCAACGCCACCAUGUUUACCAACAAUGUGAUUGUGGACGGCAAGGUUAAUGGACUGAACCUGUCCACAGAUGUCGUCACGACACAUCAGAACCACGAGAUCUCUGGAACAAAGACUGUAGCUUACAAUUUGGACUUGGUCCAGAAUGCGAUUGUUGCAUCCGGAAUGACAGUGGAUUCAGUUGACUUGUCAUCAUUUAGGUCUGGCGCUGUGUCUCUGACCAAUGGAGGAACCGUGUCGGGGGUCGUAACCUUUCAAGGUCAGGUGAAAAUUGACGGGCAGCUGAGGACAGACCUUGUAGACGGGGUCAACGUAACUGAACUGGACAGCAGUGCUGUGCUGAAGCACACUAGACAAACCAUUUAUGGUAACAAGUCAUUUGAUGGUGACUUCACUGCAUCGAGCCAUGUGAAUGCCUAUGGUGAGAUUAACGGUGUCCCACCAUCUGAGUUUGUCCUUCUUCGCACCCCUGGUCAGACCAUCAACACACCAGUCCGGUUUGCCAAAAAUGUGUCUGUCAUUGGGAGCAUCACAGCUAAUGGUUUUGUCAACUCACUUAAGAUACCUGAUGACAUUGUCACAAUAGCUGGCCCUCAGAAUAUCACAGGGUCUGUCAGUUUUAAUGAAGACAUCUCAGUGAUAGGAGAUAUCGAGAUCAAGGAGACGGUCAAGCUGGCUGGAGUAGACGUCAGUGAGUUGCCACUCCAGACAGUCAACAUCUCCUCCAGUUCACUGCAGACCAUAUUGGGGGUCAAGAAUUUUACAGAGCACGUAGAUGUGCUUGGCAAUAUUACUGUCGACCAGUUCAUCAACGGUGUGAACCUAACCAAACUGCAGCAGCAGAUCUUGUCACUGACCAAGCCUCAGAUUGUUGACCUUCCAUUAGUGGUCAAAGGUCAACUGGUCAUCAGAGGAGACCUGCAGCUGGUUAAUGACACCAUUGAUGGGUACCAGCUAUCUCAAGACCUUGUCCGAUUAAAUGACGUGUCCAACAUUGAAGGCUAUAAAAUCUUUAAGGAUGUUGCAAAUAUCAGCGGAGAUCUUUUGCUGGGUCCAGGCAUCAACAUCAGUGGUGUAGACUUGCCUGACCUCAACAAAACGGUCAUCAAGCUUGUAGCCACGCAGACCAUUGGUGGCGACGUACUGAUUAAAGAUGACGUGGCCAUGAAAGGGGACUUGAACAUCGAUGGUCUGGUGAAUGGCUUGGACAUCUCCGAGGAUGUUGUCACUCUGAGCGGCAACCAGAAUAUCACCGGUGAUAUUAAGUUUGAAAAGGUCGUGGGCUCAGUGGAUGUCACCACCUCUAGUCUGAAUGUGUCAGGAGAAGUCAACUACAUCAGUCUUGAUGACCUUUAUUUAGGUGCAGUUAUGACCACAGGGCAGAGGGUGUCCAUUACCUCAUUUGUGACCUUUGACCAACUGCAAGUGAAUAAUCAGCUACACGUGGCAGGCACUGUGGAUGGGGUUGAUGUCCGGUACUUUGCAGGGAAUGUUGUAACCCUGUCAGGAAGCCAGACUAUCAAUGGAACAUGGGAGUUCACAUCUUCUGUUGACUUCUCUCAGAACCUUACUGUUGAGAAUGUCAGCGGGAUUCAUUUCAACCCUUUCAUCCAGUCUGUGAUUCUCAAGGAUACAAGCGGUCCUAUAACUGGACCAAAGAUAUUUUCAAGAAAUGUCUCCAUUACAGGGGAUAUCACAGUAGCUGAUCUCAUCAACGGCAUCAACCUAGAAGCUGUAAACCAGACUUACUUAUCUCGAACCAUCCCUCAAUCGCUGUCUGGGCUGAAGACAUUCACAACCAGUAUCUCUGUUGACAACCUUCACUUGUCUUCUGAUGUCUUUGUGGAGGGCAUCAGACCCUCCACUGAUCUGGUCUUGAUCAACAUUGGCGGUGAUUCCAUCCAGGGAACUCUGUGGUUCAGCACCUUCCUGGAGAUUGAUGGGAACAUGGACAUUGGGAAAACUUUGAAUGAAAUUGACCUUAUAGAGUUUAACAACUCUGUAGUAUGGCUCCAUGGCCCUGGGCAGACUAUAACAGGCCUGUGGACUCUGGAAGGUGGUAUGCAUGUCAUUGGUGAUAUCGCAAUGCUUGAAGACAUGGAGGUCAACGGAGUAGAUAUAUCAGACCUGUCUGACAUUCUUGUCAGCAGUGAUCAAAAUGAGACCAUUGACCUCCCUACAGUCUUCAAGGCUCCAGUGACCAUUGACGGCAACAUAGAUGGCCUGGGGCUGAUCAACGGUGUUAACAUGACAUUCAUCUACACAGACGCUGUGUUGUCUGGGCCAAAUCAGACAAUAUUGGGUGCCAAAGACUUCAUCAAUAACCUGACUGCCCAACAUCUGGUGGUGGAGACCAACAUGGUAUCAGAAGUCAAAGCAGGGAUGACGAAUUUGACGUAUCUCCUUAACUACACUGUGCUAAUGUCUACCGAUCAAGAGGUAGCAGGGACGGUGGCCUUCACCGAGGAUGUUGUAUUUCAAGAUCACUUGAUUGUUGAUGCUUUGGUUGAUGGCAUUGACCUCUCAGUGCAAGCUGUGCUGAACCAUACCGACCAGCAACUGACAGGGGAUAACACAUUCACUAAUGGUUUCCUCGUCCAUGGCAACAUCACCACGACAGACGUAAUUGAUACAGUGGACGUGGCUCAGCUUGCCAAUGUAGUGUUUCUUCUUGACACGUACCAGAUUGUCCAAGGGAAAUGGCAUUUUUACAACAACCUAACUGUUUAUGGGAACAUCUCCGUAGCAGGGACAGUCAAUGGCAUUGAUGUAGAUUCUGAACUGGUAACCACAUCGGGGAAUCACGUCGUCACAGGAUCCAAGACAUUUGAUAAUGAUGUUGUUGUUCGGGGCAGUUUGCUUGUCGGUCUGGUCAACGGUGUCAAUCUGACCGAAUUUGAGAAGGAAAUUGUUCAUCUGGUUGGCGAAUUCAAUAUCACAGGAAACAAGGUUUUCGCCAGUGAGGUCAUACUGACCAAUGCAUCUGUCCUUGGGCUUGUUGACCGCAUCGAUGUUGGUCAGCUGUAUUCGCACCAUCAGAACAUAGCAGGGUUAUUGUACUGGCAGAUAGCCCAGCUGAACUACACCCUUAGGAGCAUGUGUGCCCCUAUAGCCUCACUACAGACAGCUGUGAAAGCCCAGGCAGUAAAGCUCAGUCACUGGGAGGAAGAAUACCAGCUGAACAACUCCCUGGCCACUCAUCGCUAUGACAGCGUACACAUAGAGGGUGUUCUACUCAUUGCCUUUGCGGAGUCCAGUGAGGCAGAUAUAGAUGCCUGCAUUGGGACCACGUUGUAUCUCUGUGCUGAUGACAAGAUGGAAUGCUAUGAGUUUUACGAUGAGCCACUCAGCGCAGCCUCCAGCGUGGAGCUGUUUGCUUAUGAAGAGGAUGUUUUCAUUGUACUAACAUUGAGUCGGCAGAGUGCAGCCUGUACGAGCAUCGCAGGGACCAACGACCAAGUGCAGAUAUUGAAGAUGAGCAACACUACGUAUGAGGAGUACUUGCCGGCCCAGCAUGGAGUGGACACGGCCAUGUUUGUGAUCGGCAAUAGUGUGUUCCUGGCAGUGGCUAACCAAUAUGAUCCAGACACAGGUGACAAGAACGUACCGUCGACCAUCUUUGAGUAUGACCCAACCAGCGACAACUUCACCUACUUGCAAGAUAUUGCUACGACCGGCUCCACCGCAGUCACACACUUGAAGCACAAUGGCAACAACUGGCUGGGCAUCACAUGCGGCCCAGGCACAACAUACUCCCUCAUCAUGCUGUGGAAUGACACCACUCAUCAGUUUGUCUUAGAAGCCUCCAUCCUGACUUACGAGGCUUCAGAUGUCUUGGGUCUCAUUGUCAAGGACGUACCUCUCAUGCUUUUUUCCAAUGAGAAGGAGACAAUCCGACAAGGCACUGUCGAUCUCAACCAGCCCAUAUCAGUCUAUGAGUACUCCAUACAGCUAGGCUGGACACUGAAACAGGACAUUGAUGCUGUUGGCGUCAUACAGAUGGAUGCAUUUAUAAUUGACAAAAUUUACUACCUUGCUGCAGUGAGUAGUGUAGGAUCCAUUGAUAUCUACAAGUGGUCAGGAGCCAGUGAGUUUGAGUUCUACAAGGCUCUGCCUAUCAACGGAGUGGUAUUUGUGCAUCCUUUUGUGCAGUGGGGUGACCUUCACAUGGCAGUGGCGAGACCUGCCUACCAUGCUGUCAUUGCACAGGAGUCGUCGGCUUUCCUGAGAGCCAUUAUCAGAGGAAAAAGUGAAUCAACAGUGUUGGAGGUAAAUGAAGGACACUGAUGACCAAAAAUCAUUUCUUCAUGGAAGUCAGGAUCGAAUAAACCCUUGCAAGAGUUUCUCAGUAAUGGUGUACAUCAAAUGAACAGUUUCAUUUUAUAAGUUUUAUUUUAGUUCACUUGCUUUUCACUUUUACAAUAUCAUCACAGGGUUGUUGAAAUAUAAUUCACAGUUUACGUUAAUUUAUUUAUUUGCCAAGUUAAUGACAAGUUUGAAAUUCAAAAUAUUUUUAUAAGUUUGAGAAGGAAUAGAUUAUUUGUAUUUAUUUACCCUUAUGUUGGUAAUGUUAUAUGGAUAUUUCAAAAGUUUAAAAUAUUUCAAAGAAUAUAAACAUCUAAAAACUUGCAUAUAUUAUUAGCAAUUUGUUAGUGAACAUUCAGAUCUAGUUAUUGCAUCUAUAAAUUACAUAAAAUCAACGUAUAAUCAACACUUUAACAGGUGUGCAAUUAAAACUAGGAGAUUAUCAUUAAACAAACGGGCAAGAAGGCAAUACUUCAGCAGAAUAUUUGAACACAUACCCAUUUAAAAAUAGGCAAAACAACUGUAAAAUUCAUAUGAUUAUUGAAUGUGAAAUGAAUUAUUCAGAAUGCACAAAUCUUACAAAUUUAACUUGUAUGUUCAGAGAAAGUUUCUAACCCAUUGUAUGUACCAUUAUUGAUGUUUAUCUGGGCAUUGUAAAGUCAAGGGCAAAUACAGAAUGCUUAACACAUCACUGAA